AUGCUCAGGCGCGACUCGGACCUGUGGCCGGACUUUGUACUGCUCGUCGGGGAGGUCGAGGGGGAAAGCUGGAGGGAUGCUGGUGGUGAUACUGCCGAAGCCGAUGCGGUAGAGGAUAUCGAAGACGUCGUCGAGGUCGAGCCGGAGCGGGAGGAGUUGAUCGCUCGGGGCGGCGAUGGUUGUCGGUUGCGAGAGGAGCGGAAGGGUGCACUGGAGUUGGGCUGGUUCCGUGCAUGCAGCGGGCAGUGUGUGCAGUGCAGCUCGGAUGAGAGAGGCACAGAGGUGCUGACUCUCUGA